CUGCUUUGCUCCCGCAGGUGUGCAGACCGCUUGCCUCCUGUACGUAGUGACGCAGCGACGUAAAUACAAAAACAACCGGGACGGGAAACUGUCUUUACGCUCCAUCAUCCAGAAGAACCUGCGCUCCUCCAGGACGACACUCGAAUGCUGACAAAAGAAUGGCGCUUUCAAGAGUCCUAAAUGAGCGUACAGACUGCCCGUAUUCCAAGCCCCCUAACCUGCACAUCAGUGUCUUAAAAAUGCAGGAGGAGCAAAGGGUGGUGGAUUGGUUCUUCACAGAAAUAUCAGCUAAAGCAGCCACCGUGAAGAAAAACAGGGUGGCUGUAAUUUCAGACGGACACUCGCUUGCCACAAUAACUCUUUUUGAAGAGUAUAAAGGAGCAGUAAAGGAGGGUACUUCUUAUAUAAUCGUAGGCUAUGGCCUCCGUGGUCAAAGCCCUCCAUAUUUGAUCAAAAUAGAUCGACAAACAAAGUUUUUUAGAGGAUCUGAUAUUUCAAUCAGUCCUGGUCUGAUAAAUGAGGCUGAGAAAAUCCUCAACCCCCCCUCCAAGGUGGUCAACCUGAGAGAGUCCGCAGAGGAGAAGGGUCUCGUGACCAUUCAGGGAACGGUGGUAGAAUUGUUGAGUCUGAAAAAGGUCCAAGCUGGCAGAAAUCUGGUUCCUUUGAGGAACAUCGGAGUGCAGAAGCAGUUCUGUCACUUUACACAGGAUGAAUUCAUGAUAAGUAUCUGGCUGUGGAGGGAGCUGUCAGUCAUCAGCCUCUCCAUAGGAGACAUGAUCACUGUGUCCCAUUUGAAAGUUGACAGCACCAUGUACAGGCAUCAACUCAAAUCUACGAGAUACAGCAAGCUAGAGAAAACAAAAACCGCCCAGACUCCAGCAUCUCCAUCUUCAGGAUGAUGCAUGGCUGUUCUUGCCCCGAUGUUCAGGCGCUGGAUGAAGAAACCCUCAAGACCUCUUGAGAGAAUUGAAGAUUUCUGUUGAGGGAAAGCAAAGUUACAGUGGAUCUGUUAGUAGAGGGAAACAAUAUCCAUGAUUUUUUUUUGUAAUUGUUUUAUUUCUAUAAUUGUUUUCUCUGUUUAUGUUUAGUUUUCGAUACUUUGGCCAUAAAUUGUUUGAACUGUAAAAAAAAUGGCAGUUUUAAAAAGCAACACAUGUUUUGAAAAGUUGUUCAAAUGUUUUCAUAAAUGAAAAUUAAAAUUACAUUUAAUAAAUAAAUCAGAAUACGCA